GCGCUUGUUAGUCAUGUACAUUUAAUCGGUCGGUGAACAAGUCAAAAAUUUUGUCGUUUAUCCGUAGAAUUUUACUAAAUAUGAAUUUAACAAAAUCAGCUAUUUUAGCUGUGACGAUUCUUUGGAUCGUUGUGGGCCAAGUUACUUGCCAAACGAAAGACGAAUCUACAACCACAAGCCCUGAAUCGCCAAAGCAGAAAACUGAUGUAAAGCAGAGCAAACUUUGUAAAAAAUGCAUUUGCGAUUUCGAAAACAGUUUACUCGAUUGCUCCGAGAAACUUCAGGAAUGGCUGUCUACCGAGGAAUGGGAAGUUCUAACCAACGGAGAUUUUGUGUUCAAAACCAUCAACCUAGAGCACAACAACUUAACUAGCAUUUCGAUUCUACCAAAGUACGAUGUAGAAAACUUGUACUUGGCAAAUAACCAAAUAGAUUCGAUUGCUGUGGGGGCCUUUCAGAAUUUGACUGAGCUAACCGUCCUCGAUUUGUCCCAUAACCGAUUGACCUCGAAAGUUCUAAUACCGGAUGUUUUUAAAGGACCUUAUAGUGUCAAUGAUUUUGAGCCGCUAGGAAAAUUGAAAACGCUUAAUUUGGGUUACAAUGAUCUGCAUAGCUUGGAUGCAGAUUUGUUUGAACACAUUCGCUAUCUUGAGGAGCUAGUUCUCUGCAAAAACAGUUUUCACCUUAUUGAUCAACUUUCAGAAACAGCCAUUUCCGGAUUAUUAUCAUUGAAGACUUUAGAUGUUUCGUAUAUGGAAAUUGAUGACUUGCCGGACACAAUUCUUCAUGGACCCCGAGAUCUUGAUACCCUGAUAGCAGCUGGAAAUCUAUUUAAGCAUUUGCCAAAGGCCUUGGAACGUGCCACAAACUUGACAAGCCUUGUUUUGAAUGAAAACCCCAUUGAAAGUCUAGUUGGAGAUAACGUAUUUCCACCCUUGACCAAAUUGAACCAUCUGAGUAUGACCUUCAUGACAAAGUUGUACAAAAUAGGACCUGGAGCAUUUAGUGAAUUACAAAGUCUGACCGAACUGAUAUUGUCUGAUAACAAAUUUCUAAACGAAAUUGAUGAGGAGGCUUUGUCAAAAAACGUAACUGGAGGCCAAUACUUGGACUAUCCGCCCCUGGAAAAGGUAUACUUGAAUAAUUGCAACAUGACGACUCUGCCAAGACCUCUACUUGUGCGGUGGGAUAAACUCAAAGCGCUUGACCUUAGAUUCAAUCCGUGGACUUGUGACGCUUCUAACGAUUACUUGAUCAACGUUUUAAUAGAUCAAGUCAACAAAACCACACAGGUUCUGGCUAAAAAUGUCCAGUGCGCAAAUCCAGAUACGUUGAAGGGCGUGGAAGUAUUAAGAGUGGCAAAUGAACACUUGGUAGAAAGUUCAAGCGGAAGUCUAAUCUGGGUUGGACUACUGGUCGUUUUGCUAAUUGCCGUGCCAACUAUCCUCGGCGCCUACGUGAUGAAGAGACGCGGCUGCUUCGGAGUCUUUAGACGCCAUGACAGCGUAGCUGACCGUGCUCUCUAUAAUAGGACAAGUUUCAAUGAAGAUUUCCAUAUUUAAUUUUAGUUUUGAGUUGGUAUUAAAGUUAUCAUUAAAAACAAAAAGGGAUAAGCUGACCUCACACCUGAUAGGCCCGUGCUAAGCUAGUGCCUAAAACAAUAAUACAAAUUAACUUAUAUUUUUACUUCUGUCUGAACAUACAAACCUAACUUAAAUCAAACCCUGUUUCAAAAUUGUAAAUAAAUUUUCUAAAAACCAUGUUGUAA